GGAAGAGGAGACCAAGAGCUUCGCUUCGAGCAGAGGAGAGGAAAGGAAAGGAGAGGAGAGGGUCCCGGGACGGAGGUGGUGGUCGAGUGAGUGGAGAGUGGGAGGAGGAGGAGGGAGGCGAGAGAGAGAGAGAGAGAGAGAGAGAGAGAUUUGGUGCUCUCGGUCGCGGGGUGGCUGGAUUCGACGAGUCGAUUCAAGUUUAUUGUGGGCACGGAUCUCAAUCGGAAUUGGAACGGUGAGCGCAAGCGAUGUCGGAUGAGCGCGCAGGGAGGUAGGCAGGCAGGCAGGCCCCCGCGCGAGCGCAGGAGAGGUUCGCACGCUCGGCCCUGAUAGCCUAGAGUGGAAAUUGUGAUGGAGGAAUGCUCCCAAUCCUCUAUUUGAAUUUCUGCGGGCAGGUGUACAGACUCUUCGGGUAAACCAUGCCGGAGUACGAGGAUGAUGGCAGUGAGGGUGACAGUGGGGAGGAGGAUAGCAUGGCCAACUUCAUGGGUGCCGAAGAGAGGGGAGGACACAGUCCUGCCGGGAAUGAGGAGGCCGACGACAGUACCGAGAACGGAAUCGUGCACGAGAAUGACGAAGUGCAGUACCAAAGUGCCAGUGAGCCAGAAAACUGCGAGAGCGGUAGCGAACGGGACGAAAGCGACGGCAGCGCCAUCGGCGAAGAAGAGACUGCCGAGUGCGCGGCAGGGAAAAAGUUCAUGGAUGAAGACGGAUUCGACUAUGAAGCUGAAGAGUCCGGUGCAGUUCCGGAGCGAUCGUUUCAGGGAGGAAGGAGCUUGCGGACCAUGGGUAAUACGAAGGAGGUAUUUCCGUGCGAUUCGAGAGAAGUAGCAAAGGAUUCGGACGAUGAAGAUGUCCAGGAAGUAGAAACAGGGGUGCCAUUCAGCAAAGAAGCCAGCGACUCGGAGUCUGAAGAAUACGUAGACUCUUCUGAUAAAGAAGAUUUGGAGCAAGCCGCUCGUGAGGAUGGCGUGAUUGAGGACGUUAGACCGAGUGAUGACGCGGACGCAGACGGUGAUGAAGGUAAAGACGAUGAGAUAGACGGAGAGGUCGAGGAGAAGGAUUCCGAUGAGGAUUACGAAGUGCAUGAGAAUGGGGACGACGAUGGAUCAGAAUUCAAAGUCGAUGCCGCGGAAACCCCUUCAAGGGCAAGUAUUGGGAAGCAGGGGACAAAACCCCGAUAUUCUGGUGUAAGAACCAAUUUGGUUAAUGGCGCUUAUGCGCCAAGGCUUAGCAAAAUUGUACAUUAUGAACGCCCUCGCGAUGAGGAUGAGGAGGAAGGAGGGGCAGAAGAGGAGGAGGAGGAGGAGGAAGAAGAGGAAGAAGAAGAAGAUGAUGACGAUGAUGAAGAAGAAGAAGGUAAGAGUCAAUGAUCCUGAUGACGUGGAUUUCGCUCCUAUAACUCGAAGCAGAAGCCGUGGCCAAUCGAAGGUUAGUCACGACUUGGACGAGAGCGAGGAAGAGCAAGAUGAAGAAUUCGAAGAUGAUGAGAGCUUAGGUCUGUCAGAUGAUAGUGAUGAUGGAUACAAAAGAAUCCCAACUCGGAGAAAGAGCAGAAGUACGAGAGGCCAACAGCAGUCUCGGCAGGUCAAGGAUAAAAUUACCCGGGGUAGACGGAGCACCAGGAUUCAGCGCAACGUUUCUUACUCAGAAGCGAGCGAGUCUUCAGCCAAGGACACAGAUGAAGAUCCGGAUGAUGAAGAAUAUGGGCGUCGACAGAGGAAGCCUGGUGUGACCAGGGGUAGAAGUAGUCGACACGAAACUGCAACUUCUAGUUCUGCAGUAGCUCGGAAGAUGAAGGAAAGGUCUGCCGACGCUGUGGAGACGCGUACGUCGAGAAGGGCAGUACCUCGGAAGUCUUACGCUGAAGCUGAGGAGAGCGAGGACGAAGAGAGUGAAAGAGCAAAGAAGCGUGCCAAGGUCAUUGCGGAAGACGGAGAGGAAGAUGAUGGCGAUGCCAUCGAGAAGGUGCUUUGGCACCAGCCAAGAGGCAUAGCCGAAGCUGAACUGGAAGAAGGCCGAAAAGCAGAACCCUUUGUUCUUGACACUGAUCCUCAGGCCCUGCUAGACUGGGAAAAACAGGAAUUUUACAUCAAAUGGAAAGGCCAGUCGUUUCUCCACUGCCAAUGGCAUCACCUUUCCGAACUCUCACAGCUUAGUGGAUAUAAAAAAGUUGUGAACUAUAUGAAGAAAAUAGAGGAUGAUAGGAGUGUGAGGCGAACGAUGUCCCCUGAAGAGGCCGAGUUACACGAUGUCAGCAAAGAGAUGGAACUUGAUCUCUUGAAGCAGUAUAUACAGGUUGAGAGAGUGUUUGCUUCACGAACUUCCAAGAGCGAAACCGACGAUGAACUCCAAGAAUACCUGGUCAAGUGGAAGGGGCUUUCUUAUGGAGAAUCAACCUGGGAGAAGGACACAGACAUCGCAUUUGCCAUUCAAGCGAUCGAUGAGUAUAAGGCUCGCGAAGCAUUAUCAUCAGUACAAGGGAAGUUGGCGGAUUCUCAACGGAGAAAGAAUAAAACAACGCUUCGGAAAUUGGAAACGCAGCCUGAGUGGUUGAAAGGAGGAACUCUACGUGAUUACCAGCUUGAGGGCCUCAACUUUUUGAUGAUAAGCUGGAGGAAUGACACUAAUGUCAUACUUGCCGAUGAGAUGGGUCUUGGCAAAACUGUACAGUCUGUGUCAAUGCUUGGGUUUUUACAGUAUUCUCAACAAAUUCACGGCCCGUUUUUAGUGGUUGUACCACUGUCGACAAUUACGAAUUGGGCGAAGGAGUUUCGCAAGUGGUUACCCGAAAUGAACGUGGUUGUAUAUGUCGGCAACCGUGCUAGUCGCGAGAUGUGUCAGAAGUACGAGUUUCCUAGUGGACGGAAAAGCGGACGAACGAUCAAGUUUGAUACGCUCUUGACGACAUACGAAGUUGUCCUCAAGGAUAAGACUGUUCUUGAAAAGGUCAAAUGGACCUACCUAAUGGUAGAUGAAGCUCAUAGGCUGAAGAACAGCGAGGCAGCAUUGUAUCAAACUCUAUCAGAGUUUAAUGCGAAGAACAAGUGUUUAGUGACAGGAACACCUCUGCAGAACAGUGUUGAGGAGCUUUGGGCUUUGCUUCAUUUUCUCGAUGCCGAAAAGUUUAGGAGCAAAGAGGACUUCACAGAGAAGUACAAGAAUUUGAACUCAUUUGAUGACAAAGAGCUUGCGAAUCUCCAUGGAGAACUUCGGCCUCAUUUGCUUCGCAGGGUCAUAAAAGAUGUCGAAAAGUCCCUGCCACCCAAGAUUGAGCGAAUCCUCAGAGUGGAGAUGUCACCACUUCAAAAGCGGUACUACAAGUGGAUUUUGGAACGUAAUUUCGCAGACCUUAAUAAAGGUGUGAGGGGGAACAACCAGGUUUCACUUCUCAACAUUGUGGUGGAGCUGAAGAAAUGCUGCAAUCAUCCGUUUUUGUUCAUCAGUGCUGAACAUGCCUACGGCGGUGGAGAUAAUAGAGACGAGGUUAACAAUAGCAAGGUGGAGAAUAUAGUGCUAAGUAGUGGCAAACUUACCAUACUGGACAAGUUGCUCAGCCGGCUUAAAGAGACGAAGCAUCGAGUACUUAUAUUCUCACAGAUGGUAAAGAUGUUGGAUAUACUGGCCGACUAUCUAAGUCUCAGAGGUUUCCAGUACCAAAGAUUGGAUGGCAGCACAAGAGCAGAUCUCCGUCAGCAAGCCAUGGAACACUUUAAUGCUCCUGGAAGUGAAGAUUUCUGUUUCUUGUUGUCCACUAGGGCAGGUGGCUUGGGAAUAAACCUCGCCACUGCUGAUACAGUCAUCAUAUUUGACUCCGAUUGGAAUCCACAAAACGACCUCCAGGCUAUGAGCAGAGCUCAUCGAAUUGGUCAACAAGAUGUGGUGAACAUCUACCGGUUCGUGACGAGCAAGAGUGUCGAGGAGGAUAUUUUAGAACGCGCGAAGAAGAAGAUGGUUCUGGAUCAUCUGGUCAUACAGAAGCUAAAUGCCCAGGGUAGACUGGAAAAGAAAGAAACGAAGAAGGGAAACACAAUGUUUGACAAGAGGGAACUUGCGGCCAUUCUUCGAUUUGGUGCAGAGGACCUCUUCAAAGAGGAGGAAGAUGGAAAGAACAAACUUGCAAGCAUGGAUAUUGAUGAAAUUUUGGCGAGGGCAGAGAAGGUCGAAGCCAAGGAAGGAGAUGACGAAGGGGAGAGCAAUGAAUUAUUGAGUGCUUUCAAGGUUGCCAAUUUCAGCAACGCCGAGGAUGAUGCCACUUUCUGGAGCCGCUUAAUACCUCCCGAGGCGGUUUUGCAAGCACAGGAGGAAACGACUCAGAGGGCCGCGAGGAACGUGAGGACCUAUGCUGAAGAGACGACUGUGGGGCGCAACAGUAGGAAAAGGCGAGCUACGGACAGCAAGGAUCGUCCCAGUAAACGUUCUACGAAGGCUGCUGAUGUGGUUGUGCCUCAGUCUGCUCCAUUGGAAGGUGCCGCUGCACGUGUUUGUACCUGGGAUGCCGGAAAUCUUUCCAAGAAGGAUGCAAGCGCGUUUGUUCGAGUGGUCAAGAAAUUUGGUGAUUCAAACCGAAUGAAAAUGAUCACGAAAGAGUGUGGUGGUGCUGUCGAAGGGGCCGAAAUUGCGAUGCAGUUGCAGCUUUUCAACAAUCUUGUGAGCGGUUGCAAGCAAGCUGUAAAAACUGCUGGUCUCGAGAGCAAGGCCGCUGUUCUGGAUUUUUUUGGCGUGCCGGUCAAAGCCCAAGAGGUUCUUGCACGUGUCAAGGAGUUAGCUGUGCUGGCGAAGCGAGUAAAGCGAUAUCCAGAUCCUGUUACUCAAUUUCGCUUGAAAUCUCAUCCGAGGAACCCCGCCUGGUCCAAAUCAUGUGGUUGGAACCAAGUGGAUGAUGCGAGAUUGCUUCUAGGGGUUCAUUAUCACGGUCUGGGGAACUGGGAAAAGAUAAGGACGGAUGACAGGCUUGGAUUAAGUGACAAAAUUGCUCCAGCAGGGAUGUCAGCUGCAGAAACUUCUCUCCCUAGGGCCAAUCAUCUUGAUGCGCGUGCAACUGCAUUACUCCGCAAGGAACUUGAAGACGCUCAAGAAGCGAACGGGUCUGGUGUCCAUGAUAGAACAAAGGCAGAGAGAGUUGGUUCUAAGCGAGAGAGGAAUGACAACCAUGGGAGACAUGAGUUGAAGGAUAGGCAUGGAAAGUCUGGUCCUCAUGCCAGGAACUUAUUCGUGAAUACUAGUGCUGUGGUGACUCGUGAACGUAGGGCUCCCAAGGAAGAAACCGUGAAAGAAGAAGGGGAAAUUUCUGAUGCUGAUAAUACACCACAACCUCGCAGAGGGAGGAAAAACCCGGACGACAGAGAAGAUAAGGAAACUAAGUGGCACGAGUGGUGCGCAGAGAUGAUGCAUGAUCAGGCGCGGACGCUCAAAAGCCUUGAGAAGCUACAAACAGCGUUUGAUCUGUCGAAAGAAGAGACUUUGCACAGAGUGAAAAAGUACCUGAAACUCCUGGGUCGAAAGGUGGACGAAAUCUUGGAGGACCAUGUGGAUUCGAGGAAUUUGGAACGAAUGGCUGGCAGAUUAUGGAGCUACGUGAGCACAUUUUCCUCCAUGUCUGGUGAGAGACUAUCCGAAUUGUACAAAAAGCUCAAAGAAGCUCCGGUGUCUACCAGUGGCGGGCAUCCACAAUCGACUGCCGGCCCCAGUGGGCGUGAUACAGAUCGGAUUCAUCAUGGGGGUGCGAACCAUGAGUCCAGAUCGCGUCCAAGCGGUAAGCAGCAAGCAUUUUUGGAAGGACCUAAUGCUGAUAUGAAUUACAGAGACAAUGAGCGAGAUCGUGGCGAUGGAGAUGCUUGGCAGCAGCAUUACAGGGAUGAUCAAGAUAGAGAGCCUGACGCAUGGCAGCGCAGGCAAAGAGAUGAUAGACUAGGUGAUAGACUAGAAGGAGCAGGAUUGUCUGGUCAACUGCCCUUGUACAGAAAGUGGGAAGGUCGACCCGGAAGUUCAGAAGGCUGGGACAGAGGAGUCUUGAGACCACCAGCAGGAAUUCACGGUGCUGCUUUUGGUCCAGUUGCAAAUGGUGCAAAUGGCUGGGCGCAUGAUCCCAGGAACAGAGCUGGAGGCGGCCGCGGUCCUAUGGAUCGGGAUCGCAAAUGGCAUGGGGAUGACGUGUUGAUACAUCAUGGUCGAGGAGGGGCGGGAAGGGGUCUCUGAAGUAGCAUAAGUAUUGAAGGGUUGAAUGUGUAGUCUGUUGAACCCACACCACAAAUUUACCAUCUGAAAGGGGUUUUUCUCAAGUUACCCCCCUCACACAUCCUCAAUUUUUUUAAGAACCAAUAAGAUUCAAGGUAGCUGUAGCCUUCAGCUGAGAUCACAUUCUAGUACAGUAGUGCACCUUUUUGGCUCCACCUUCGCACUUUGGUCUCCAAAAUAGUUACAGACCAAAUUUUGGAAAGUCCAGGAAGAGAACGCAGCGCUCACCGGAUGUACAGACUGUCAGAGUGACGUAAGUAAUUAGUUCUCAUCGUCGAUUUUCCCAAGAGGGUGAAGGUUUCGUGUUGAAUCUCAUGCUGGUCUGCUUACACAUAUAGCAGAAUUGUGAAAAAAUGGCUGUGAAUACUAGAAGCCCGAUUGAUUGGCG